GCAUUAUAGACAUCACUUCCCAUUAAUAACAUUACAAUUAUAUUAUUCUCUCUCCCCAACGCCCCGCCUCUCCCGUCUCCACCGCCCCGAUAAUCUCAUCUCCUCUCUUCUAUCGAAAGUCAGCGCGUCGAGCUACUCUGUAUCUAUCUAAUUCCUCCUCAUAGUAGCCAUGGUUCCCCAACCAGAACCCGUCUUCUCAACAUCAUCCAGCCCGGAAUCGUCAAAUCUACCAAGCUCAGACUCUCAUCCUUCGGUCUAUUCGCUGCAAAGCCAUUAUACGGAGACCGGCGAGGGCACAGAGGUCAGCGAUGGUGAUUCCCCACCGGCUGAAAAUUUGAGUAACGAGGAGGAAAAAGGGAACAACAGCAUCGGUGGAAAAAAAGCGCCUGAAAUCUUCGUUGAUGAAGGUGAAGAUGAAGUUGAGACAGGAACUCUUCAAGAUGAAUAUCGGGCAAAACCGUCUUAUCCACCACCAAAAAAACCAUUAACUCCCUACCAGCUAGCCCGAAUAGCCGGCACGUUUGGUAUCGUUGUUCCCAGUCUUCCCCAUCCACCGCCGACUCCAGUGUCCUCAGCUCCUUGCGAAGUCUCGUUGUCGCCAUCAACAUCUCAAAUAGAAAGACAAUCUCCUUUGCGGUCAUCUUAUCACGCACAGCGCCAUUCGCCUUUUCUACUAUCGGUCAUACCACCUUUAAUGCUUCUACCAACCGCGGCUGUUGCACUUACUCCCCUAGAAAUUAGAAAACGAGAGAGAAAAUGGCGUAGAGGCACUUUAAUGCCCCUCCAACCUACAUUGGGUGGGAUGUUGCUGUGUAUCGCGCGAGAAUAUGGUCUGCCAUCAACAAGCGGAAUUCACGUAUAUCUCGUCCUCAACUCUCUUGGCUCCCUACCCAGAAGCUCCGAUCCUCCUACUUUUUCGGACAGGGGAGAGGAGAGCGACGACGAGCCCGAUGGCCCUCGUGUAUCGAGUCAAACUUGGUCAACCCUCUUCUCAACCUACCUAGUCCAAAGUUCUGCCGCUAGUAACACUUCACGUGCGCCUACGCCUUACCAAACGCCUGUCAAGAAUGGAGAAAGGGAAGUGCCAUUCUUUACUAGUCCCCUUGGCCAGCGUGGAAAUUUUGCAAAAGCUGCGCCGAAAGGACAUAAACAAAGCUUGUCGUUGUCUACUCUUGCUCCUGUCUCUCAUAAAACGGGUCAUUCCAUGGACUCUACCGUCACAGACAUCCCCCUUGCAUCAACACCCCUCAUGCCUCUCACCCCAUCCACACCAUCAAUGUCACCCUUCACAAACCCGAUCGUUGGCACCAUAGAGUUUGACAUUGAUCUCGAAGAAGCUACAUGGUACGAAUCAUGGAAAAAGAAGGGCGGCGGUAGAAGAUGGAAGAAAUCUUUGAGGGAAGAGGAGGCACUCGAGAGUGGGAAGAAGGAGCUGGGUUUAGUCAAAAAAAUGGAGGCAACUGAGAACGAGCAGGAACAAAAACCACAAUUCCUCAAAGAGUUGGAAGCCGCAAGAGUUCCUAGUCCUGCUCCCUCAAAUGAGCCUGUUUCUGAGUACAUGUUCCUUGAGGAGGACGAGUCGCAAAGUACAAGUACUGGUCAAGAGUCAGAUACCGUACUCGAACACGACGCAGAGAUCUCAAAUGUGGUCAAAUUACUCGAUGCGCAAGGGGUCAAACGUGAAGACCUUUUGCAGAGCCCUAUCCAGCUGGGUUGGAGCAAUGAGCGCAGUCCGGACAUUGGGCCGAGUCCUGUUGUAAGAAGAGUCCAGGAGGUUUUGGAUAAGAGGUGGAGUGGAUUAGUCAUGUCAGAACAGCUCGAUGAUCUUGAAAAGAUUAUGAGACGACUUUCUCCUCGGGAGAUCCACUUGACGUCACCACGAUAUAUGACGCCUCGUACCGCCCAAAGAAUCGCUAGUCACGACAUUAAUGAAGAUCUUCCCAAGAUGUCAAACGCAAGGGAUUUGGGUCGAAGUCCAUUAGCACCUGUGGCAGAGUUGCGAACACCCAGCAUGGACGUUAAUUCAGAUUCCGGGUCCGAUUAUGGAGAUGAGGAGACCCAUGAGACGUAUGAGACACGCGAAAGUAUGUCAUCACGAGAUGAAGAAAUGGAAGACGGGCGACCUACGCCCCAAAACCGUCAAGACGCUUGGCCCACGUUGCCCCGCCAUUCCCCCGCCUCGCUUAACGAUUCUAAUCUUUCUUCAUUUUUCCAUCACCCCAACUUCUCUGCACCUCGUACCAAUCAGUCGCCCUCCUCGGAGACUCUUAAGCGUAUGGAGGAAGCCAACGAACCUUCCAAGCCAGCCGAAAGUCGAGAAUGGGUUCCUCGCCGUCCCGCUCGACCACCUAGCCCAAGGCUUGAGCAGAAUGGAACUCUGUCUCACGCUUUGCCGGACGAGUAUGUUGAUAUUCUCAAAUCUCCUCGCUCACCCCCACCAACUGGCCGGGCAAGCCCUUCGACAAGAUCGUUUAUGUCUCCAGGCCAAGAAGAUGGGAGGAAGAGGAGUGGGGUUGGUGCGCUGAAGGGUUUGAGGCACCAGAUGAGUGCUGUAAAUCUCAAAUGGCGAUCCGAAUCCAGCCAAGGUCAAAUGACAUCGCCCGCUGCGCCCAGCGGUGCUGGUUUGACUUCGCCUGCCGAGUUUGGUAUCCUUUCUGAAGAUGCUGAUCAUCUUUCACCUGAAAAUGAAUCACGCUCGUCCAGCCUUCCAUUACCACCCAAGGUGGCCAGUAAAUUCGCCAGCCGUAUCCUCCACCCUACCUUUGCCUUCCGUCGCAACGAAGAUUCCUCCUCGUCCAAGCCUGGGCAUGGUAGACGCCAUCCAUCGCAUGACGGGCCGAUUCAAAUAUCGGAAAUUUCAAGCCCGAUUCCGUCAACAUUCAGACAUACCAGGAGCGGAUCGUUGGCAUCAACACUGCCCGAGAGCGCAAUAUUACCGUCGCAUUCUAUACAGGCCGUCCAUUCAAGGCAGGGCUCCUUGCCUCACGCUACCCCUCGUCAACCGUCACACUUUCCUCAUCAACCUCAAACACCCACUACCCCAGCUAGCCCCGCCAGCCCACGUAGUGUGAGAAGAAAGCCUGUCCCCAGCAUGAGCAAUAGCGGAAGUACUACGAAAGAUGCUACUUUGAGUGUGAAUAUGGGCGGUCCAGGAGAAGGAAUAAAAAGCAGUCUGAGUUUGGGAAGUGUAGCCAGUUUUGUUUUAGAGGAUCCGCCCAAGGGAAAGAGAGGAUUAGGCUUGGCAAUGUAAACCCGGAUUAAGGGAGGUGGGGGCAAGUGGAACGGAUAGAUGGAGGCGGAUCUUGAAACUGUAACCUUUUGUAUUGGACAUAAUCAUACCCUGUACAUUUUAUACCCCUUAGCAUCUAGUUUUGGUACUUAUUCAUAGUAUGAGUUGCGGUUGGCAAGCCAAGGUCUUAGACAUGUACCCACGUGUUUUAC